AGUGACAUCACUAGUCUCCAAACAUGGCAGGCCGUAGUGGUUUUGAUGAUGGUAAUCCCAGGGACUUUGGAGGUGGCGGAAGGCGGACACUCGGCGGCCGCCCGCUUCCUUCAGAGCCUCCGUACAAAGCUUACGUGGGAAAUUUACCCUCUGGCAUCAUACAAGGCGAUAUCAACAGAAUUUUUCCUGACUUAUCAAUAAAAAGUGUGAGAUUGGUAAUGGAUAAAGAAACAGAUAAGUUCAAAGGCUUCUGUUAUGUGGAAUUUGAAUAUCUUGAGCAUCUUAUCAAAGCUAUUGAAAUGAACGGCGCUCUGAAUGUAGAUGGUAAUUUCAUAAAAAUUGAUGUUGCUGAAGAAAAAAGGAGUGAUAGAGGGGGCGGAUUUGACCGUGGACGACGAGAUGGCGGUCGCGAUGGGCGUGAUGGUCGAGAAGGUGGCCGCGGGGGUGGUGGCGGCGGUGGUUUCAGGCGGGACGGCGGCGGCCGCGAUCGCGAACGGGGAGGGGGCGGUGGUGGCGGUGGCGGCGAGCGAUGGGCGGAGGGCGGUCGCGGGUCCCGCGGCGGGUCCGAGGAGCCCCGCGCCGGGGACUGGGGACGGCGCGCUGGACCCGCGCCGGCUCCGCAGCGACCACCCAGACGCAACUUUGACGAUAUGCCGCCCUCGCGUCCAGAUACCACAGGUAGACCAAAGCUGAAGCUGGAGCCUCGGACGGUAAAAGAGCCGGUCAACUCACUGGCGUCGACCAGUCAGGCCUCCUCCAUAUUCGGCGGUGCACGGCCACGGGAAGAGAGGCUCAAAGAACUCGCUGGCGAAUAAAAGCCUCCUUCGAUCCUUGUGUACAUGUCUCAAUGCCCAACUGAUCCCUAUGUGUGUCCCGGUAUUUAAUUAUAUGUGAACACUAAAAUUGUAUAUGAACCUGAAGGAUUUUGUUAGGUUAUGAGGUUGUAAAUCAUUUUUAUCAUAUAUUUUGUUAGCAUUAUUGUGUCUACGAGCUUAUUAUUGUUUUUGCGAGGCGACCGUUGCUCGUUAUGUGAGCGGCGGCCGCCCGCGACGCUUCAGUAUCGCAGUAUUUAAAUUGCUAGUUUGUUUAUUGUCUCUUGAAAUUCUGCCAAUGUUUUGUGUGUUCGAUAUCUCGGCUUGCAUAAUACUUUAAAUGGAUUCAUUGAUCAUUUCGUUUUUAAUAUCUGCGUAUACAUAAGUCUCGUGUAUAACGUAACGAUUACAGUUUAUUUUUAUUGUCUAUAGCGAUUUAGAGCUUCGUAACUGAUUGUCUGUUGUAAUUGUUUAUAAUUAUUUGAUUGUUUAGUUUUAUAGGUCGUGAAAAUUAAUCAUUGAUUGAGUAAUUAUGAUACAUAAUUUAAGAGUUGAUAAUAUGGUGAUGUAAUUAUGGUGUCAUUAAUAAAAUUAACUUCCACGUACUUGGAUUUCUACUUUAUUAGAUAUUGUGUAAUGUAAUAAAUAAGUUACGUGGCAAGAAAUAUAAAAAAAAUCGCAAAAUUGUAACAGAACAUAGCAAAAAAAUAAAUAAAAAGUGAACUCUUUAU